AUGAUAGAUGAUAAUAUGUAUUCCCCAUAUCCCACAGACUGGUUAAAGGGUAGCAUUAUCGGGUCGGGCUCAUACGGCACGGUCCACCUAGCCAUCGACAACACAACCGGAGCUCUUUUUGUCGCCAAAUCAGCAAGAUCAGAAUCCGCCGUCACUUCCCUAAAAAAUGAGGCUCGUAUCCUCGAAAAACUAAAUUCUCGCCACAUCAUCAAGUGCAUAGGAAAAGAAUAUUCCGAAAAUGGGUACACCCUCUUCUUCGAGUACGUGCCGGGUGGCAGCUUAUCUGACCUGUCCCGAAAGUUCGGAGGGACACUGGAUGAAAAAUUGAUCCGACUCUACACUCGCGAAAUCUUGCACGGUUUGAAGUAUUUACACGAUAACGGUAUCGUUCAUGCAGAUAUCAAGUGCAAGAACGUGUUUUUAAACCCUUUGGGUGAGAUUAAAUUGGCAGAUUUCGGUUGCGCGCAGGUUGUGUGUAGUAGCGGUGAAAAGCCGUGUGGUGGGACCCCUCUGUGGAUGGCUCCAGAGGUGCUGAGAAACGAGCAUGUCGAUUUUGCGGUGGAUAUAUGGUCAUUGGGGUGUACGGUGAUCGAGAUGGCAACAGGGAGGCCGCCGUGGGGAGCCAAUGCAUGGGAUCGUAACCCGAUGAGCGUGAUGGUAAAGAUAGCAAAUGGGGAUGGCCUGCCUGAGUUUCCGCGCGGUUUUUCAAACGAGGGGUUGGAUUUUCUUUCCAAGUGUCUAAGGAGAGAACCGCGGGAGAGGUGGACGAGCGAGAGGCUUCUCGAUCACCCUUUUAUGAGGCCGGGGAAGGGAUCAGGUCAUGUGGUCUCUCCCACGAGUGUUUUGGAUGUGGCGAUCAGUUACAAUUCAGAUGAUGAUGAUGAUGAUGGUGAUGAUAGUGAUUUGUGUGAUGAUGAGUUUGUGAGUAGAGUUUCUUUGCUGGAGAAGUUAUCUUUUCAUGAGAAGAAAUUUUUGGGGAAGGAUUUGGAGGGAUCAGACGAUUGGAUCACUGUUAGGAGUAGAUAA